UCCGAAUCUUGAAUUGAAAGUGCGAACAAGUGCAAGAUGAGCUCCUCCUCCAGUCUCAUCACCCAAAGUCACUCGAAAUUUUCACUUUUCUUGUGGUUACUUUUACUUAUUUACGAACUUCUGGAGAAACCGGGAACAUUAAUGCAAUUUGUGUGCGUGUUCCUUCACAUUUUCUUUCUUUCCUUUAGUCCCUACCGCGUAGAAAUUUUACUUUGAGUCAAGCAAUUGUGGGGAUAGUUUCUCAGAAAUUGUUCGCUUAUAUAUAGGUUCAGAGUUUGCUCAGGCGAUCAAUAUCCAUAAGAUAAACAUUGUGUAUUUGAAGUUGUUGAAGCCGAAACAGAGAUGCCUGCUGUGUAUGACAACUGGGGGAGGUUGUUGCAAGCUGUGCUGCGACGUCAGCAGUAUUUGGAAAUGGCUCAUGCCCAUUCAAGAAGCACAAGCUCCGCGAGUUCCGUAUCGUUGGAUUUUGACGAACUAUCUUUGAAUUCCCCAAGUGAAGAAAAAACUGUUGAAAAUGAAGGAAGGAGUUCACGAUCUGAUUUCGGCCCCUCUCACUUGAUUAAUGAUUCUGUCAAAAGGAUCGAAAAUAACCUGCGCAGUAAAGGACUUGAUGAAAAUGGCUCGAAAUCGAGAAAUUCUUUGAUUACCAGUGAUUCAAGCAAAAAAAGGUUAGAUUGGAUUGAACAAUAUGAACCUGGGGUAUAUAUAGCAUUAGUAGACUUUCAAGAUGGAAGUAAAGAUAUCAAAAUAGUGCGCUUCAGUAGGAGGAGAUUCUCUGAGUACCAAACUAAGACUUGGUGGUCAGAAAAUGGAGAAAAUGUUUACAAUAAAUACAACAUUAGCUUUUCAGCCUCCAACAAGGCUGCAAGUAAGACUGAGGGAGUUGUGCCCCAAGGCAUUAAUGGCUCAAAAUAUAGAACUUCAGUAGGAUCCAAUGAAGGUGAUGCAAAUCAAACAGAGGUUGACUGGAUAGAACUAUAUGAACCUCAGGUGUAUAUAACACUUGUAGACUUUCAAGAUGGAAGUAGAGAUAUCAAAAAGGUGCUCUUCAGUACGAAGAGAUUCACUGAGUACCAAGCAGAGACUUGGUGGUCAGAAAACCGAGAAAAUGUUUACAAUAAAUACAACAUUCGCUUUUCAGCCUCCAACAAGGCUGCAAGUAAGAUUGAGGAAGUUGUGCCCCAAGGCAUUAAUGGCUCAAAAUAUAGAACUUCAGUAGGAUCCAAUGAAGGUGAUGCAAAUCAAACUGAGGUUGACUGGAUUGAACAAUAUGAACCUGGGGUGUAUAUAGCAUUAAUAGACUUUCAAGAUGGAAGUAGAGAUAUCAAAAUAGUGCGCUUCAGUAGGAGGAGAUUCUCUGGGUACCAACCAAAGACUUGGUGGUCAGAAAACCAAGAAAAUGUUUACGAUAAAUACAACAUUCGCUUUUCAGCCUCCAACAAGGCUGCAAGUAAGACUGAGAGACUUGUGCCCAAAGGUAUUAAUGGCUCAAAAUACAGAACUUCAGUAGGAUCCAAUGAAGGUUAUGCAAAUCAAACUGAGGUUGAUUGGAUUGAGCAAUAUGAACCUCAGGUGUAUAUAACACUUGUAGACUUUCAAGAUGGAAGUAGAGAUAUCAAAAAGGUGCUCUUCAGUACGAAGAGAUUCACUGAGUACCUAGCAGAGACUUGGUGGUCAGAAAACAGAGAAACUGUUUACAAAAAAUACAACAUUCGCUUUUCAGCCUCCAACAAGGCUGCAAGUAAGACUGAGGGAGUUGUGCCCUAAGGCAUUAAUGACUCAAAAUUCAUUUUUUUUCAGUAGGAUCCAAUAAAGGCGAUGCAAAUCAAACUGAAGUUGAGUGUAUUAAACAAUAUGAACCCGGAGUGUAUAUAACACUUGUAGACUUUCAAGAUGGAAGUAGAGAUUUCAAAAGAGUGCGCGUCAGCAGGAGGAGAUUUUCUGAGAAGCAAGCAGAGACUUGGUGGUCAGAAAACCGAGAAAAGUUUUACAAGAAAUACAACAUUCAUAAAAUAUACAAUGCUGCAAGUAGGACUGAGGGAGUUGUACCCCAAGGAAUUAAUGACUCGUCCAGAAAUUCAAUAGGAUCUGUGAAAGGUGAUGCAAGCUCGUCAAGACGAAAGUAGAGAUAUCAAAUGAGUGUGCAUCAGCCUUGGGAGAUUAAGGAGCACCAAGCAGAGACUUAGUGGUCAAAUAACUGGAAAACAGUUCCACGAUAAGUACAACAUUCGUGGAGCCAGUUUGAGUCUGUUUCUUAUCUGCAUGAUGAAAAUGACUUCAAAACUUGAGGUUUGGUUAUUUCUGAAUCAAAGAUUUGUUGUCAUUAUGUUGGUUUUUCAAUUUUAUUACUCUUAAUAAGGUUUGAUAUAUAAACAAGGCCAUGACUGGCUUUUGGUUCUUUUACUAGAAAUAUUUGUCCAAAUCCUUGUCAUGUUUCUUCGAAGUGUAUGCCACACCCUAAUGAACUAAUACAUGUGUAUACUACAUUGCUGUCUCUCUAUUUGAGAUUCUUGCUAUGAGCUUUA